UGAAUAUUACACACCUACCCGUAUAAGAAAAUGAAGGAUAUUGCACUGAGUUUGAUUUUGAGCAAAGAAAAAGUGUGUAUUCAAUACACAAUUAAACGGAAAAAAGAUGAGUGAAACGAGAAUAAAUGAAAUAAUUGUUGCGGCGAUAGAUUUUGGAACGACAUUUUCUGGUUACGCCUACUCUUAUAGGGAGGAGUACUUACGAGAUCCACUUCAGAUAUAUUCAAAUCGCUGGGAUGGCCAGAUUCUUCCGCAAGCCCCUACUGUGCUACUGUUCAACAGUGAAAAGACGGAAUCUUACUUCGGAUUUGAGGCGGAAGAGAAAUACGAUGGACUAAUAAAAAGAAAAGAACAUAAAGACUGGCGAUAUUUUCAAAGGUUCAAAAUGGAUCUUCACAGAGAGAAAAAACUCACACGGAAAAUGACUAUAAAAGAUGCACAAGGGAGAAAUAUGCCUGCGGUGGAAGUUUUUGCCGCUGCCAUUAGACAUUUGAAGAAUCAUUUUAUGGAGCAGGCUAAGCUGAGGGUAAAAAUCCAGGAGAAUGAAGUUCGUUGGGUGAUCACCGUCCCUGCUAUCUGGAGUGAUGAUGCCAAAGAAUUCAUGGUUGUGGCGGCAGAAAUGGCUGGAAUAAAAGAAGAUAAAUUAUCACUUGCAUACGAACCAGAAGCUGCGGCUAUCUACUGCAAACAUAUGAGACUUGCAAAGCUUAGAGAGCCAGGAAAAGAUGCAACAAUUCAAGCGUUUCCUACGGGACUAAAGUUUCUUGUUCUUGAUCUUGGAGGAGCUGUCUUAUAUGGAUUCAACCCAUCAGUCAUAUCAACCCGGAAAUCAAAAUACUCUUAUGGAAUUAGUACAUCGGCUCCGUUUGUUGAAGAACUUCAUCCGUUGUCACAUAGGGUGCAAAGAGAUGGGUCCAACCAAUGUGAAGACAUAUUCAAGGUCUUUGUUAAGAAAGGUGAGGAAGUGAUCCCUGGACAAACAACGGCUACUCACGAGUUCAACCCCUCUCCGCUUACUAGAGAGAAUCAAACUAUUGAAGUUUAUAAGUCAGAGGAAGACGAACCACCAAAGUUUGUUACAGAAUGUCAGAAAGUCGGGCUUGUGUGUUUUACUGUUCCCGAUAGUGACUUUGAUGUAACGACUGUCAGAGUAGACAUGAAGUUUGGAGGUACACAGAUGACCGUUUCCGCAGUCGUAAAUGGGCCGAAUGGAAGUAAAUCAGUGGAAGCCUUUUUUGAUUGGCUAUAAUACACAUUUCCUUUCAGUGGAUAAGAUAGCGUAGUAUAAUUAGUGUGAUAAUUUGAUUGUAAUAUUGUAGUCAUUGUAUAUGAUUCAAAUCGUUGUAUGAAGCUUGGAUACGAAGAUUCUGUGUUACCAAACAUUGUGUGAAAACUACAAAAAGUUCCAGUGCUCAACUGAUGGUAUGCUCUUGUUCAACUAUAAAAAAAGAUAAUUGGCAUCAAGUUUAUAAACAGUAUGCCUAAUAGAUUUACUACAGGAUUGUACUUUUUAAAUUGAAGGAAAACAUUUGAAUAGUUUAAACUGUCAGUUGAAAGUUCUCGCGCAGCAAUCAUUGCAAACUGGUAUUUUGGUAAGAGGCCUGCGACACUAUCCACCUUGUGUACGGCCGGCUAAAACAGGAAGGAAUCCUGGUCGUUUUCGGACUCUUAACGCCGUACUCCAAAUAUCAUCUACUGCAAACAAAAAACAACAAUUAUACAAUUAAUACCAAUCAUCAUACAGAUGUAACUACUCUACUUUUUCAACACUUAAACAUCUUGUGAUUGUGUUAGAAGACACAUAUAUAAUGAUAUUUAUAAUAUACAUUUUCUCCUUGAUGUAUACAUUAUAUAUUUUUACUGUUUUGAUUUGGGGUUUUGGGCAUAAGAUUGUUACAUACAUUGUAUAAUUUACAUUGUUUAGCAUAUUGCUAAAUUCUCUACUGAAACAAACUUGUUAUUGAGGUAGACUCAAUGAAUUACUUGGAUUUUAUUUAAACCCUGGAUAUAAAGGCAACAUUUUGAAGAGUACUUGCCUUCUAGUUUUUGAAGAUGAAUUCCUAAAACAAAUUAUAGUGUUGAAUAUAGCAUCCUUACAUAACUAAGCUUUCAGUUCCUUGAUUUUAUGAAAAGUUUGCUAAUUCAUGUUAUCUUUAAAACCGUUUUUGGUUGACUCGGAGUGUUUUGGCAUGUGAAGUCAUUUUCUUCAAAUAUUUUACAUAGGUGAUCAUUUGGAAGAAAAAAUAAGCUAAUAUAUGUCGCUUUAAUUUUUAAUAAUGUUUUCUUUAUUUGUUCCCAGUUUUAGUUCAAUGAUGCUUUUUAUUACGAAACUCUAUGAUCACACAGUUUUAAACCUUUUAUUUUAUAAGGCAGACUGUGUGUGAUGCUUAUAGUUUCAAACAAUGACUGCAUGGUAUCUUUGAAAAGUUUUUGUAUUAGGUGCUUUGAAUUGUAUUCCUCCGUCUGCAAAUAGAGUUUGGAUCUCUACUCAUAAAAGCACUAAGGGUUUACCUGUUAGUUUAUUAUUAUUUGUUUUAUUGUUAAGUUUCCUCAAGUUAAUUCAUACUUUGAUAAGAUUUACCUUUAGCGUUUUUUUUUCUUUAUUUAGGAUAAUUGGGAUAAGGGUAAGGUUUGUGCACUUAUACUGGUUUAACUCCCCAGUACAUUUACAUUUUACUGACCGUUCCAAGGCGGUACCAAACAAUCCUUGAUAAACAUACCUAGUUUUUUUUUAUAUAAAGUAUGUAUGCAAUGUGCUGUUUGUGUAGUUUUGUGCUGUUCUUCCAUGAUUCUUGUUUGUGAUCUUUUGGUUUUUAUGUUUUAUGUCUUUGGCGUUUGACCAGUUUCAAUAAACCGGGUUUAUAUUUAAACGUUUGCUACUGAGCUUGUUUCUGUAGUUUUUCGCAUAACUAUUGUACCGAGAUACAAGACUUAAACACUUAACGUCGAGAACACAGUUUGACCAUUCAGUGUAAGAGACGCUUGUAAAUUACACAUCAACGUUUUGAACUUGUUUGAAUGAUAUGUCAACAACUAUGCAAGUCGUAUGAUUUUUAAUAUGUAU